AUUCAACAACACCCACUAUUCAGACAGCCAUGAUACCACCUCUACAUGCUUCGCACUCAUACCCUUUUGGCAAUUUCAAACCAAAAAUUCAAAGAGCUGUUAACUCAUUUUCACUCAAUAACAAUCCCCUUUACGCAAUUUCUUCAAUCCUUCAGAAUAUUCAGCAGAAUAGAGAGACAUGGGGAUUCCGAUUCGAGCAGCAGGGGUGGAUAAUCUGAGCGAUAAAGCCGCGAUGAUGAGAGAAUCACUACAGAAGAGUCAGUCAAUCACGGACAACAUGGUUUCCAUGUUGGGUUCUUUUGACCACCGUCUCUCCGCCCUAGAAACUGCUAUGCGUCCGACUCAGAUAAGGACACAUGCAAUACGCAGAGCUCACGAGAACAUUGAUAAGACUUUGAAGGCUGCUAAUGUUAUAUUGAACAGAUUUGACCUUUCUCGAGAGGCGGAGUCUAAAAUAAUUAGAGGUCCACAUGAGGAUCUUGAAGGCUAUCUUGAAGCUAUUGAGAAUUUAAGAAGCAAUAUUCGGUUUUUUACAAACAAUAAAAGCUUUAAGAGUAGCGAUGGGGUGCUUAGUCAUGCAAAUAAUUUGCUUUCCAAAGCUAUCUCCAAACUGGAACAUGAAUUUAAACAACUUUUAUCAUCAUACAGUAAACCCGUGGAGCCUGAUCGUCUAUAUGAAUGCCUACCUAAUUCCCUACGCCCCUCAUCUGGAUCACCUGAAACAAAUGCCAAAAAUCCAUCUUCUCAUAAUGAUCGAAUCACUGCAGAAAAUGCUGUUUAUAAUCCUCCUGUCCUCAUUCCACCUCGUGUGUUGCCAUUGUUACAUGAUCUAGCUCAACACAUGGUGAAUGCUGGUAAUUCUCAGCAGUGUAUGAUCAUAUACAGGGAUACACGUUCUCAAGUGCUUCAAGAAAGCCUUCAUCAAUUGGGGGUGGAGAAGCUUAGUAAAGAUGAUGUUCAGAAGAUACAAUGGGAGGUCUUGGAGCUUAAAAUCGGGACUUGGAUUCAUUUUAUGAGAAUUGCAGUGAAAUUAUUGUUUGCAGCAGAAAAAAAAGUGUGUGAUCAAAUGUUUGAAGGCAUUGAGUCCCUUAAAGAUCAGUGUUUUGCUGAAGUUACAAAAGGUAGUGUUGCGAUGUUACUUAGUUUUGGAGAUGCAAUUGCUAAAAGCAAAAGAUCACCAGAAAAAUUGUUUGUGCUUUUGGACAUGUAUGAGAUUAUGCGUGAGCUUCACUCUGAGAUUGAAUUGCUUUUUAGUGGUAAAGCUUGCAAGGAAAUCAGAGAAGCUGCAGUUGGUUUAACGAAACGACUUGCACAAACAGCAAAAGAGACAUUUGGAGAUUUUGAAGAAGCAGUUGAAAAGGAUGCAACAAGAACUGCUGUUGCAGAUGGAACUGUUCAUCCUCUCACAAGCUACGUCAUCAACUACGUCAAAUUCUUAUUCGACUAUCAAUCAACACUGAAGCAACUUUUCCAAGAGUUUGAAAAGGGAGACGAAUCGAACUCUCAACUUGCAUCUGUAACAAUGCGAAUCAUGCAGGCUCUUCAAACUAAUUUGGACGGAAAGUCAAAGCAAUACAAAGAUCCGGCGUUGACCAACUUGUUCCUUAUGAACAACAUUCAUUAUAUGGUCAGAUCCGUUCGCAGAUCCGAAGCAAAGGAUUUGUUAGGGGAUGAUUGGGUACAACGACACAGAAGAAUCGUACAACAGCAUGCUAAUCAGUAUAAAAGGAUCGCAUGGGCAAAGAUCUUACAGUGUCUGUCGAUUCAAGGGUCAACUUCAUCAGGAGGUGGUGAUGGAGGAAACAGUAGUGGGGCCUCACGAGCUCUUAUAAAGGAUAGGUUAAAGAUUUUUAAUCUUCAAUUUGAGGAGCUUCAUCAAAGACAAUCUCAGUGGACUGUUCCUGAUUCAGAGCUCAGGGAAUCAUUAAGACUUGCAGUUGCUGAAGUCUUGUUGCCUGCUUACAGAUCCUUCAUUAAGCGUUUUGGGGCACUUGUUGAAAAUGGGAAGAAUCCUCACAAGUAUAUAAGGUAUACAGCUGAGGAUCUUGAUCGAAUGCUUGGCGAAUUUUUCGAGGGUAAGACUUGAAAAAAAGAGAGUAUGGUUUAGGAUUUAGUAAUUUUUGCAUAUUCGGUUUGUUUUGUGUGUUUUGAGAGUGUAUAUUGUAUGUAAACUGCUUUUAAAGCUUGUUUUGGUCAUAUGUUGUUGAUUAGUGUUAUUGUUAAUGAUGUUGUAUGAGAUACUUUGUGAUUAUGAAUAGAUUUAAAAGAAGUGGAUGUGUUUCUUGUUC